UCUGUCACCACGGCGCCAAACACAGCAAAAUCCAAUUCCUCCAAUAGUGAGGGAGAUUACCAGCUGGUACAACAUGAAGUAUUGUAUUCGGCUACCAACCAGUAUGAAGUGCUGGAAUUUCUUGGCAGGGGUACCUUUGGUCAGGUGGUUAAGUGCUGGAAGAAAGGGACCAAUGAGAUUGUGGCAAUUAAGAUCUUAAAAAAUCAUCCAUCAUAUGCACGGCAAGGUCAAAUUGAAGUCAGCAUUCUUCACAGGUUAAGUCAAGAAAAUGCUGACGAGUUCAACUUUGUACGUGUAUAUGAGUGUUUCAACCACAAGAACCAUACCUGCCUUGUAUUUGAAAUGUUGGAACAAAAUCUCUAUGAUUUUCUCAAACAAAACAAGUUUAGCCCAUUGCCACUAAAAUAUAUCCGUCCCAUUUUGCAACAAGUUUUAACAGCUCUUCUUAAAUUAAAACAACUUGGUCUCAUUCAUGCUGAUUUAAAACCAGAAAAUAUCAUGUUAGUUGAACCUGGACGUCACCCAUUUCGUGUUAAAGUCAUAGAUUUUGGUUCUGCAAGUCAUGUAUCAAAAGCAGUCUGUUCUACUUACCUGCAAUCUCGAUAUUACAGAGCCCCAGAAAUCAUUUUAGGGUUACCUUUUUGUGAAGCUAUAGAUAUGUGGUCUCUUGGUUGUGUUAUUGCAGAAUUAUUUUUAGGCUGGCCUCUUUAUCCAGGAUCUUCAGAAUAUGAUCAGAUUCGAUAUAUUAGUCAAACUCAAGGCUUGCCUGCUGAACAUAUGCUAAAUUCAGCAACUAAAACAACACGGUUCUUUUAUCGUGAAACUGAUAGCAGUUACCCCUUUUGGAGACUCAAGACUCCAGAGGAACAUGAAAGUGAGACAAACAUUAAGUCUAAAGAGGCCAGGAAAUAUAUCUUCAAUUGUCUGGAUGACAUGGCUCAAGUUAAUGUCCCAAGUGAUUUAGAAGGAAGUGAACUUUUAGCUGAAAAACUUGACAGACGUGAAUUUAUUGAUCUCUUAAAGCGAAUGCUAACUCUUGAUCAAGAUCGACGAAUAACUCCUGGGGAAGCUCUUAAUCAUAGCUUUGUAACAUUAAAUCAUCUGAUUGAUUAUGCUCAUUGUAGCAAUGUAAAGUCAUCUGGACAAAUGAUGGAAGUAUGCAGAAAAAAUAGACCAUCUUUUGAUAACAAUGGCAACCAAGUUUCUAUUGUCAGUAAUUUUUCAUCAACCUCCAAUGUAGCUUUAGCUUUUAACAACCAAUUAAAUAAUCUUCAAAAUCAGUAUCAACUGCAGUCUACAAAUUUUUACCAACCAACUCAAGUGGCAGCCCCUGCGAGGGUGAACAUAUCUCAAACACAAGGUCAACCUAGAGUAGCAGCAGUUGCAACUAAUCAGUAUGCAGCUGCCGCUGCUGCUGCUGCAGCCAGAGUUGAUCCUUUUCAACAUGCAGCCCAGUCCCUAUGUGUAUCAUCAAUUCUAUGCCCAUCUUACCCAGGCUUAAACUCUCCUGCUAAACAUGUUGUUCCAGUGGUUGCCCAAGCUGCUCAACCACAAGCACUGCAUAUUCAGCCGUCUUUAUUAACUCAGGUUGGUGCUCAGCAGUAUGUUCCGGUUUCAGUUGUUGAACAGAAUGGACGUCAGAUGCUUUUAACUAAUGCAGUACAGUCUGGAUGGCCUACCAGUCGACAAAUGUUUGUUCCUUCUUGGCAGCAGCUUCCAACACAGAGAGCCAUCCAGCAACCCCUGUUAUCUGAUUCAGAUUCUUGGAGUCGGUCAUUAGUUUUAGAAAGAGCUGCCUUACUUUCUGAUCAGCCUGCAGUCAUUCCUGUGGAGCUCCAUGACACUGCAAUGUAUGAGCACCUUAGAGAUAGAAGCAACCAUUUGAAUCAUCUUUUACCACAAGCUGCUCUUGCAGCUUCUAAUGUUCCACCAUCAUGGAGUGUAGUUGCAACUAAUUCUAACUCAUCUCAAAACAGUGUGUAUAAAUCACGUGAUCAUCAUUCUUCUAGUGGAAGUAAAGUGUCAUCCAGCAGCUCUAGUAUCAGUACAUCUACUAAGCGCCAGACUAAACUUAGGCCUGCAAAGGAAAAAGAUAUAAGCAACUGUCAACUCUCCCCUGUCAAGAAAAGAGUGAAAGAAAGUACACCUCCUAAAUGGGAAAGUAACGCAAACUUGCAAAAUUCUCAUGAUUUACAACCAAAUCAAAACUGCUGUCCUCCAAUUAACCAGUGGGAUAUUCCUCGUUCAUCCAAAGCUCCAGAAAGGUCUAAACUAAUUAUUUCUGCAUCUGAUAAGGAGCUACAACGCCCUACCAUCAUUAUACAUGAUACACCAAGUCCUGUUGUAAGUGUAAUUACCAUCAGUUCUGAUUCAGAUGAAGAAGUAGAAUCUUCCAUAUGUUGUGAUAAAAAGAAAUGUAAGGCAUGUGACUCCAAUAAAUUGGCUAAAUCUAAAAGUCUCAAUAUCUGUACUUCUGAAGUGUCAUCUACAACUAACUGUGAGAGUGUUUUAUCCCUAACACCAGAAGAUGAGACUGGGUUAUGCUGUGUUCAGCGUUCAACAACCAAAUCAAAUUUAUGCAGAGGUCUUCCUCAAGGAACAUCACAGCAAAACCGUAAAAAUGUUAUUAGCUGUGUAACUGUCCCAGAUUCAGAUUCUGAAGGCUAUUAUAGUCCUUUACAACCACUUCCUCAUUUCACAACAUCUGUUAUUGGAAAAGUAAUCAAACCUGAACCACAAAAAGAAAAAAGCACUCAAGCAACAUCUCAAAAGAAGAGGCUUCUUGAAAAAGUAAAGAAUCAAGAAUAUUCUGAAUCAAAACCACAGUAUGUUGGUCGUGUAAUUGUAUCUACAAAGCAAGAACUAUUAGCUUACGAUGAAUUCUGCGAACAAACACUCUCUUCAACUAAUCAUUAUUCAGAAUGUAAUCCUACUCAGAAUAGUGUGUCAUCUAGUGCUGUGACAUCCAUUUCAAGCCGGCACUCUGGAGCUGCAGAGAAAGAUUCAUAUCAGUAUUAUUCAAAACAACAAGUUCAAAAUUUAGAAGGCGAGAAGCUUAUUAAAUGUAGUAGUUCUCCUCUUCGUAGCAAAGAGAAGAGUGUGGUUGUACCCUCUAGUAGAGGUACUGUUUCUGGACGUCAUUUACCUACAGUGACAUCGGCCCAUCUUUCACCUCUACAGCAUGUUGGCCAGCCUUUGUAUUUAUCAACACAGGCUGAUUUGUAUCGAGAUUAUUGCCGGCCUGCUGUAUAUGUGACAUCUAACUUGUCACAUCAAGGAUACCUUUCAGCGCCCAGUCAACCCCCAAAAUAUGUGCUUACUCCAGGACAACUUUCAUCUGCUUCAUUUUCCACUGCACAACUUCCUAUUCCACCACCAGCUCAUCAUCAUCACAGUUCAAACCGCUCAUCCAUAACAGCUACUGUACCAUAUGCAUCAGCUCACUCUUCAUCACAUCCCUUACCUGCUCAUCUUCAGCCAGCAUCGGCCAAUCCAGCCAGUGGAGUUUUACCAGCAUCUGCUGUAUCCAUAGCUCCUUUUCCUAGUGUCCCAGCUCUGGCACCUCCGCCUUUUAGCUACAGUCUGAACCCACUGAGUCCUGCAAAAGCUUCCUAUAAUCCAUUGUACCAAAUGUUUCCAGAGUAAAUUAUCCAUUGGAACUGUUUGGUUGAAGUGUUGCAUUGUCUACUUAGGAUAAUCUGUAAUUCAGUGAUAGUAGAUGGGCAAAUUUUAUACAAUGUUUCCGGCAAUUUUAAGAAAAGCCGUUGUGCAAUGAACAGGCUGCAUUAUUUGUGACCAAAAUACAAGCUAUCUUGUGAUGUUUGUUGAUGUGUGCUGUUUCUUUUUCUUUUUUUUCUACGUUUAUUUCCUUUAAUAUUUGUUUGAAUUGUGCACUUAUACACUGUGCAUAGUCAGCAAAGAAUGCAAGAUGAAUUUUCGACUUUAUUUCUCUUGUUGUACAUUGACUGACGUGAUGUAUUAGCAUGCAUAAAUUUCUAUGUAAAUAAAUUGUAUAUAUGCAAGUGUAAGUUUUAAACUGAUUGGUCUUCAUUUAUGAAUGUAAAUAGCUAUUAUUUAAUGGGCUGCAAUUAGACUUUUAUUUUUAUAGUGUACAAAAAUGGAGUGUUUUGUGCAGAGUGUGAACUUUUUACCAUUUUUCAAUGUCAUUAUUCACCUAUUGUGAUUUUAACAACCAUCACUUUUACACUUAAUAGCUGAACUUGUUGGCUAUUGACAUUAGAGUUUGAAUAUGUAUUAUAUUUUGUAGUGUAUUUACAUAGAAUAUAAUUACAUAGUUUUAAAUAGGUUAGUAUUUCUAGUGUAUUUAGAUUUGAAUGUGAGUGAAGAACUUUUUCUCAUAUUUUUUAAAUAAUUAUCAUCAUCUCUUGGAUAUUACCUUUGUGGUUUUCAGAAAGCUCUAUGUUUUUUUUUUGUUUUUUUUCUUUUGAAGUUAUGUUUUGGUUAUGGGUUAGUUUGAAAAGCAUAUUAUUUUAGAUUUUUAUGUGGUCUCUCCCUUACCAGAUAGCUUUAAAAGCAAAUCUGAGUUUUAGUUGCUUUGUUUGCUUUAUUUAAUAUCAGUGUAUUUUUAUUCAUUAUUUCAUAAUUCAAGUUAAGUUUGUUGUGUAGUUUUAAUUGAUAUUUAUUUCAACUGGUUGGUGAUUCUAUGUGCACAAAUUCAAUGAUUAUUUUGCAUCAAUUAAUCAAAAUAAUAUUUAUAUUCUUUGAAUUAAGUUGCAUAUUUACUAACUUCAGAUAUUUUACUUAAAUAUAGGAUUUUAUUUUUACUGUAGAAAGAUUAAAAUUAUUGAUUUGCAUGUUGUUUGCCUUUGAAUAUUAAUCCUUUUGAAAUUCUUUACUUUUUGAUAAUCCCUGUGAAUUAAAAUAUUUAAUAGCUUAAUUUCUCUUUCUUAAUGUUUAUUCUUUGAUAACACUUCACUUUUGGGACCAUAAGAAAUUAAAUUAAUUAAAAUAGUGAUGUAGUUUAAAAAAUUAUAUAAUAUUAGAAAGUUUAUUAUAUUUAUGUAUUGUUUCAAAAAAAAAUUCUUAAAAAUAAUUCAAGUCUGUAAUUUCUUUUCUUCUAUAUAUUGUUUGAUAAUUUUUGAUUAAUAAAACAACAUGAGCAUCAAUCUACUGUAUUUAGAAUUGAGUCAUACUUAAAUUGUUUUCUUUGUUAUAUUUAUUCAUAUUUAUUUUAUUCUUGUAUGUAAAAAGUACUAAAAUAUAUUAUUUGCUGAUAACUGUCUAAAUUUUUAAUUCAUUUAAUUUAAUUUUAAUGUAUUUAUUCAUUUUUAAUUCAAUUUUGUAUUUCUUUCUCAGAAUUUAAUGUCUUUUUUUUAAUUUAUUUAUUAUGCUUUUUUUUUAAUUAAUAAGAAUUGAUUAAUAUUGGUACAAAUCUUUUGUCCAAUAAGGACAUAUAUUUUUAAUAAAUUAAAUCUAUGCAUUUGUUUCUUCUAGUGACUUUAUUGUGUAUCAUUAUUAAGAUAUUAGAAUUAUCCAGGAAGUAAUUGAAUAAAAAUUGAAGUGACGUGUUAUCUAAGCAUGAUAUAUUUUUAAAAUUUCUGUUUGAAAUUUUUAAUGGUAGAUAACAUGGUGUAUUUGAUAUUUUGUGCUCACUCCAUAAAAUAUUAAACUUUUCAUAUUUCACUUGCAAAGUUGUUUCAAGUUUAAUAAAGAAAAAAAGACAUAGAAAAUAGUUAGAAUUGCAAAAAUUAAAUUGAUUGAGUAACUUUCAUUUAAUAAAUUUUAUAGAGAAAGUAAAUAGUCUUUUCUUAUAAUGGUGUUCAUAAAGACUUUUCAGAAAACAAAACAUUGCAAAGUUUUUAUUUAUUAUUAUUAUUUCUUAAAUUACCUAAUUGGAGUGUUUUCUUUGUAUAGUAAUUAUUGAAAUAGUUUCCUUCUGUAAGAGAUAAUUACUACAACUAUUCAGUUCUUAAAUUUUAAAAAAUAUUCAAAAUCCAUUAAAUAUUUUUCUUUUUGAGAAAAUAACAGUAAAUAGAUUUUGAAUUAUUGAUUAGCGAGUUUUAGCAAAAUUAAAUUUUUAAUGUGUUUUCCUGUUGUAUGCAAUGAUUUAUUUUUAUGGAGUAAUCACAAAAAUCAUAAUUUAUGAUGUUAAUUGCUUUAUGAUUUCACACUGUGUAUAUUUUAUGAUAAUUAUAGCAUAUAUUUGGAAAAUAAAAUAUAAUGCUGUUUUGCUUUUUUAUUAUUAUAAGAAUUGUAAAUAUACUAUUAGCUUUUGAGCUAGUGUUUUAGGUGCCAAUUUGUUUAAUUACUGAGAUUAAUGACAUCCUCAGGUUCUGUAAAAAUGAUUGAAAAAAAUGCUCAAAAUGAAGUUGUUCACAUUGCAGAAAAUUUUUUUAUUUGAAAUCUGAAUAAAAUCUUAUCUGUAUGGAUGAAAAUUUAGUAACUAUUGUUAUUUACAUCACUGGUAUGAAAAGUAACAUCGCUAUUAUGUUAUGCAUUUUUUUUGUGUGUAUAAUAACUUUCAUAUAAAAUUGAAAGCAUAGUUGAAUUAAUCAACAUCAUAUUAUAUAUAACAGUUUAAUUUUGGUGGUUUGUGAAACUGUAACUUUUUAUUAUAAAUUUGCCACAUGAAAUUUUUCAAAAAUAAGCAAUUACAUUCAUUUUAUUAUUCAUUACUAUUAGAAACUUGAUGGAAAAUAAACUGUUUGAAAUAAUCCUUUAUAAUUUAUAAAUUUUUGCAGGCUGCAUAAAUAUUACUCUCUGUUUUAUUUUUUUGUAUUAUAUGCCAUUUUUUUGUGUGAAAUCCUUUUAUUUUUUGUUUAAAUAAGAUAAAAGAUUGAGUAAAAAUAUUGAAUAUAUUGGCAGUUUUUUCAAAGCUCAAACAGAGAGUUUAUAUUUAUGCUAAUAGUCUUUAAAUCCUUUCUGUUAACUAAAUUAUGCAGUGAUUGAAAGUUUAAAAUUCAAAAAUAAUAAUAAUAGUAAUUUUUUUAUAAAAAAAUACAUUAAUUUGCCAUUUUAAAUGAUAACAUUUAUCUGAAAUAAAAACUUAACAUUACUAUGGGUUUCUGUACUUUCAUAGCUUCUGUUGAAAAGGAAAAUGUAAUUUCCAAUAAAAAUUAAUUAUGUGCAUGAAAUACAAUUUUGAUGUCAUUAAUUUAAUUUUACCAAAAAAAAAAUACUAUUAUGUUCUGUAUUUUUUUUAUCAUUAUUAAUAUCAAAGUAAUGAAUAGCUAGGUAAACAAAUUAUUAGCAGCAAAUAAUUUAUGUUUGUUCAAGAUUUUUUUUUAAAUGAAAUAAUAUGUGUUUUAUUUUCUGUUUGAUAUAGCUUUAGUUCUCAAAUUCGAAUUUUUCUGCCAGUGAUGUGUUACCUGUAGUGUGGAUACUGUAGAUUACAAUGUGAAUUAUUCUAAAUUAUUAAUUUUAGUGAAAGUUUUUGUAUUGCUUUUUUUAUUAUGUAUAUUUGUAUUUUGUGCAGUGGACUCUUUAUGUGAUAUACAUUUGCCCUCCAUGCUGUGCUAUUAAAAGUACUGGAGAAAGAUUUACUGAAAAGAGAGAUAAAUUUGUGAAAAUUUUUCUUAGUGUUUUUAUAUCUAUUGGUAUAUUCACACAUUCUCGUUAUUUUUGCAUUGUUGCUUAUCGAUGUAGAAGUACAUUUAUAUUACUAUAGCAACAGUUUGUUUCUCAAACUUUUCUUCAUUCUAACUCCAUUCUCACCAUUUCAUUCUAGAUUUGUGAUCUGUGUUGUGCAUUGCAUUUCAUUCUUAGUUCUGUGUAAAAGUAUACUUUUUAUUAAUCUUAUGAUUCAUACCAACUAUUACAUGAUAUUUGUUGGUAUAGUGAUAUUACUGGUGUUAGCUUUACUAGUCUUACAAAUAUAACCUGUUGUACUGUUUAAUGGAUUUAUAUCAGAGUAGAUAGAUUUGUAUUUAUUGUGCAUCACUUAAUAUUUGGCAUAUAUUACCUCUGUAUCUUUGAUGCAUUGGUGAUGUUGUAUGUUGCCUUGGGGUUUUAUACUGUGAGUGCAAAGUAGCAUUUCGAUGAGGAAAUAAAAUUGAUAUGUGAUUCAUUAUAUAUAAAUAUACAUGUAUGUAUGCAUAUAUAUACACACACACUAUAUAAAUAUAUAAAAGCGUAAUGGUGGUAUGUUACUCUUUUUCAAAUAUUGAAUACAUUACUUCUAGGGAACUGUUCAUUUAGGAUUUUUCCACCUGUACGCAUUCAUAUACUUAUUGAUUGUUAGACUGUUGCUGUUUUUAGCAUUUGCUGUUUAAAACAUAUAUGUUAUCUCUGACUGGCAUAUUAUUUGUCUAAUUAGCAAUCUUAGUUCUACUAGGCAUGUUCAUGUUUCAUUAAUGUUUGCCAGAUAGUGGCAUUUGUAAUUUGAUUCCAUAUUGCAUAAUUUACUCUAAAUGUUAUACAUGUAACUGCUGUGUAGAGUUUACAUUUUCCAGUGUAUUUCUGCCGUUUAUAUACACUAGAUACCUUUUGUGUCCUUUAUGCAAUAACACGUUAUGUAAAGAAAUCAAGUUUUUCACGUCGCUGUUUCUUAACCUCCUCAGGGUCAUAUAAAGCAUUAUUAAUAUGUAUCUUCUCCUUUUGGUCACAUAAGUAUAUUCGUAUGUUUGCUAUAUUUGAGCAAAUAAUUGUCUGCAAAUUUAGAAUGACAUAAUUCUUGAUUAGAAUUUGAGUAGAGCCAUUUUUACAUUUGCUUUUGUUUUGAUUUAGUGUGUGUUUUUUUUCCAUUGCAUUAAUAUAUGCGGUAUUUAGGCUUUUGUUUGGAUUAAAUAUAAUUUCAUAUUUCCUUUGUAUUUGUCUUGAAACAAUUUUACAUGAAUACAUUUUAUUGGAUUGCAAGUUUGAUCUUAAGAUAUUAUUUACUAUUAGUUUAAAUAAAGAUGAAAUACUUUUAAAAAAAUCAAUUUUUAAAUAUUUCAACAUAUGUUUAGUUUUUUUUUAAAUUAGUUUUUAAGAGCAUUUUAUUCUGUUUUGUGCUUGAUAGUUUUAAACUUUUUAUUAUUAUUAUUGAAAAACUAUGCAUUGUAAAACCCAGAAAACUGCACCUUUAUUUCUUACUUUUGCAACAUUUUUAAGAAAUAUGAUCUUUAAGACAAUUAUGGGAUUUGUUUUAUUAUUGUCAAUUUAUGUAUUCUCUAGACUUUUCAAUUAUUUUGAUAGUUCCCUAUUGCUAGAUUUUUUUUAUAUUUUUGAGAUCAUCCAUGCAAGAAAUAAAUGAAACAAGUCAAUAAAAAUUUUGAGUAUUUUAUUAUUAAAGAAUUCCAGGAUUUAUAAAUGUUAAAUGUUUGCUGUGAAACUGUUUAUUCAGUAUUUUUCAGUUUAGUAAUAAAUAAUGCAAAUAGUAUUGAAAAUCUUAUUCUGGCCCAAAGUAUGAACAGUUGUUUUCUUCUAGAAUGCCUUAUGUCACAUUCAUGAAAGGUUGUGGUGGUCUUCUGCUCAACUUCUAUAGUUGUUUAUAAUUACCAAAAAUAUUGUGAUUAAAUAACCAAAUGAGUUUGUUUCAAAUGUAUUUAUGUGUGUAUGUACAUUUUUUAUUAUUAUUAUUAUUUCUUAUCAUCAGUUCCUAGAUUAUAAUCUAUUUUCUCACCUUAAAGAUGAUCUUUAAAAAGAAUGCAUUCGUAUAAAGUAUAUUUCUAUUACAAGUUACAAUUCUUCGAUUCAGAUGUGUGCUAAAUUAUCUAGAGAUAUUCAUAAAGUAACUUUUAUUAUAAAGCAGUAUUACAAAAAUUUGUGAUUGACAUUCAGGAAUAUUCGUAAUUCCUCUGAACAAAUUUAUCUAGUCCAUCAUUUAAUUUAUAAAUGAAAAUUUUUGGUACAUGUCAUUCUAUAAAAUUUAAGCUUGAUUGCUUUAACAUGAUCUUUAUAAAACGUUCAUUGUUGAAAUUUUAUUUGAUUACUAUUGUUUUGUAUCUUUUUUUAUAAAUGUUUUCCAGCAAAAAAUUUGGAUUAAAAGCUAAUUUUUUUAGAAAUUUAUUAUUUAAUUUUUAUAACAACAUUUUUAUUUUUUUCGAACCUGCCAUAAUUAAAUAAAACAAAUGUUCAUUUUUAAUAAAUUAAUGAUUCUAGAAAUAGAGCAAAUGCAUAUAAUUUUUUUAAGUUAUCUAGUAAUGGGGAGAAUUUAACAAAUUCUUAUUAAUUUUCAUUUACUUGAAAAUUUUGUGAAGUAUAUGAAAUGUUAAGACUCGAGCAUGGAUUUGUGGUCAAAUUUUUAUUAGCAGUUAUUUUCAUGUAAAAACUCAUUCUUUCCAUUUGUCUGAAAAUUUUCUGUAAUACUGCUUUGUGUUUUGAGUGCUCUUUUAAUCAAAAAUAUUGAUUGACGAAUUUUAAAGUGAAUUUUCUUUAUAUGUGGGAAAUUUCUAUUCUAUCAAAGUAAAUAUUAUACCUGUUUGUGGAAAUACAAAGCAAUGUUAUUGCAUAUCUGAAAUUUUCAUCAUUUAUAUAUGUAUGUGCACUUUUUCAAUGGUAUGAGUUAUUUUGCAAGUGUGAAUACUUUUUGUAUUCUAUUUCAUUUUAAUAUCUAUAAAUUUCAUUUAUUUAAGAGAUAAAAAGUGCAAAAGUGUGUUUUUAUAUUAAAUUCUUGUGUUCCUUAUCAUGUAUUUUAUCAUUGUAAUGUUUGUUGUGAUUGAUUCUCAUCUUAAAUGACAUAUUUCUAAAAUAUGCUUUUAAACUAUGUAACUUUACUAUUACUUUCAUGCAGAAUUGUUAAUCUUUUGUCUUGCUUUGUUUUUUCUAUUUUCAUCACUUAGGUUUGUGUCCAUAUUGUAUUUAUUCAUGCAGGCUUUUAUUUUGCAUGUAAUGGUCAGUAAGCUCUGCAACUAAAUUUCUUACAGAUUUACAUAAGUGUAACUUAGCAAAACUCUCGGUGUAUUUUGAAUUGAUCGCAUCAAGCUAGUAUAAAUUUUUGGAUCUAUGCAGAUAUAUGAAAAGGCUAAAUUUUGGUUUAGUUUAAUAUAAUUUUAUUAUUUAAUUUCUAUUAUAAUCAUAUAUUCAUUUUUAUUCUGACAUUAAUAUUAAUUAUAUUAAAUCUAAGUUUGAGUCGAUUGCUUCGUUUAUCAUUUCUAGUUUUGUAUCCAUCAUAAGUUUUAUUUUAUUCUCAAUUUAGUGAAUAAUUUUUUUUUAUUAUCUUGUGUGAUAGUAUAGAUAAUGCCAAUUGGCUUAGUAGACUAAAAAGACAACUGUCAUUGUUUCCUACCAAUGGAAAAACACCUUUGUAAAUAGUUGAGAGUAAUUUUUCACUUAAAAUUCUACAAAAGAAUCUGUGAGCUUAUUUGUGUAUGGAAGCUAAUAAUGUGUAAAUUAGACUUGUAGUCUUUAAUUCAAUAUCUCAGAUGCAUUCUGCGUGGUUUUUAUGCAUUGAAUAUAAUAAAUGUUACAAUUGCUUUGUGUGCAUA